GUCUAAAGUUGCACUUUUAUUGCCAUCAGCAAUUAAGAGUGGUCAGAUUUACAAUUAUAAAAUCACUUUAGAAAUCAACCAUUUGGAAUUAAAGGUGCUUAAAGCCAGGCCCUUUGGAUGUGUGACAGUACAGAUAACGCUUGGCAGAUCCCUUGAUGGGGUCACUCAGUUUCAGGAAUCAAAUUUAUGCAUGUUAAAAGGGUAUGAUUGCCAAAUAUAGCUGGGAUGCUAUUCUUUAAUUCACCAUGGCUUGAUAUCUGGGAUGCUGCUGAUUGCAUCGUCCAAUCUAAAGGCUCAUGGGGUAAUUUUUAUAACUUGUAACAGAUACAUCUGGAGAUAAGCUUUGUUCUCAUUUGAAAUCAGUAUAGUACAAUCAGCAAUGUUUGGUGUUGGCAGAAGUGAACAUUGACUGCUUUACUGAUAAAUCCUGAUGUGGAUGAAAACGGUACACUGUUGUCUAUUUCACUGCUGCCUUAUAUGAUUGCCACAUUUUCUUAACUAUUGGAGUUGGUGAUCUAAAUGAUAAAAUGGCCACAAAUUAUAUUAUUUUUAUUUGGCUUUUGUACAUGCAAUACACAUGUUUGUUAUUACAUCUACACUUGCAUAUAUAUAUAUUUAUAUGGAAGUCAAAUUUGGCUAAAAACUAUUUACACACCAAUCAUUUAUGUAGUAAAUGGUAACGUUCACUCCGGAGUCUUGUCAAUGUCUCAGUCUAAAUUAUGUAUACAGUUGGUAGGACAGUAUUAUAUCACAUUAAUGCAUAGAAAGCCAUAAUGUAAUGCUUUAAAUAUUGUAACCAGGACUAAUACAUGGUUCCAUAGUUGGCAUGCCAAAAUAAAACCAUAAUUGAUGCUGUGGAAAGUUACUCAUUACUCUUUGAUUCUAUUCGGUAAAGUCACAUUUCGGUAAAGCCACAUUUUCUUAACUAUUGGAGUGACUUUACCGAAUAGAACCAAAGAGUAUGGAUCCUUGCAGUCACGAAAGCUUCAAAUCUAAAGUUACUCAUUGCCAGGUAGGAUUCACACAUAACCUUCCAUUUUUAUGGAUUCAUGGGGACUUUUGGUGUCUAAAUGCCACGUAAAACGACAGUAACAAAUACACAAUGUCCAACUAAAAAAAACGCAUCAAAGAGAAGAAUCAUAGAAUGAUGUUUGGCAUUCCGACAUCCAUUCAUAACGGUACUCCUGCGCUAAUCACACGAAGUACAACCCACAACUAGGAAAUGCGACUUCCAAGAAUACCUUACAACUUAGAUACCAUAGUCCAGACUCGGCUUCAAGGCACAGUUAUUUUGUGACAUAGACCUAGCUUGGGUAUAUUUUUUAUUGUUAGAAAAGUUAGAAUGAAUUAGUUUAUACAGUGCAAUCAAGUGGAAGAGGUAUAUUGAAAUAAUAGGAAAUAUUUUGAGAAAUAGUGAAGGUAACAAUAAAACAUGCACAUUACUAUUAUAGCAUUUCGUGUAUGCUCAUAUGCAAAAAUUAUAUUGCUCAGGUUCGAAAGUGUUUUAUGCUAAUAGUGACAAGCACACUGAGUACAAAUAUGCAGCUUAAGUAAAUGCUUCUAAAUAUAGAUAUAUUGCACAAGUGGUAUUUCUGUUCAUUUAGGCUCACAUGGGAUAUUUUUUUGUGUGUUAUAUACAACCCUCCGCAUGAUUUCCUUAUUUGAGCAUCUCAGAUAACUUAUACAAUCAAAUUGCAGUCUAUUUAAUACGCCGACUUUUUUUGUUUAGGUUCUGAUUUACACGUGCAAUUUUUGACUUCUGAGAACUUGUUGGGUAUUUACAGGGAGCGGGGCAUCGUCUCCAGAUAAAAGUUGUCUGGAAUCUGGCAUGGGGACUCAUGCCAGCGGUCCCAUCAGCCCCAGGUCAUCUCCAGGACAUGCCGUUCACGCUCGGUGAAAACAGAAGUUAUCAGCAGUGGUGGGGAAGAAGAGGAGGAAGAAGAAUUGGAGGGUGUGCACGCGCAGGAUGAACUGACCAAUGGGAUGGAGGAUGCGGGCUGCCAUGAGGAUGGAAAGCCAGAUGGCUACGGGUCCAUGUUGGGCUGUGGCACAGUAGAUGAAGGCAGCGAGGAGAGAGGGCACUUUGGGUCACCAGGGGAAACGAGACGAUUUUCAAGUGGCAAUGGCAGCAGCAAGCUGGCAUGCGAUGUGUGCGGCAUGGUGUGCAUUGGCCCCAAUGUUCUUAUGGUGCACAAGCGCAGCCACACUGGUGAGCGUCCUUUCCAGUGCAGCCAAUGUGGUGCCUCAUUUACACAAAAAGGGAACCUGCUGCGCCACAUCAAGCUUCAUACUGACGAGAAGCCGUUCAAGUGCCACUUGUGUAGCUAUGCCUGCCGUCGAAGAGAUGCUCUGAUGGGCCACCUUCGUACGCACUCAGUUGGAAAGCCAUACAAGUGCAGCCACUGUUCACGCUGCUAUAAGCAGCGCAGCUCACUAGAAGAACACCUGGAGCGUUGCCCUGCAUACCAGCAGCAGCUUUCUACCAGAAAUCAAGAAGCAGACGCAGACAUUAGGGUCCAUAUGGAUCAGCCGGUUGCUGACGGGUUACUGGAGGCUGGUUCAGACAGAAUACCCCUACCGAACCAGCUGCCAGGCAGCUUCUUGGCAAAACGCAAAAGCUCCACCCCACAGAAGCUCUUUAACCAGAAACGUCUGAAUAUGGAUUUAUCUGAUAUUCGCUGUGAGCAAAUGGUAAGCUCAGAUCAAAAUGAAGCACCUCAUUUUGUGGAACAGGCAAUGUCUACAUAUCUCGGAGUCAGGCCACUGUUGUCGCAGUCACCUUCACUGCAGCCUUUGGUCUUACACAGCAGUGAAAGCAAUCGCAUUCAGCCUCCAUCUCCAAGCCUCGCCAUCCCAAACCCUCCCAACUCAAUAGAAGACUAUGCACCAGUAAUUGGUGCGGUCUAUUCUCAUACAGUGGGUCAGCCAAGCCCUAGGAGCCAAGGAUCACCCCUCCCAGGGCAUGGGUUCCAGUCGUCCGGCAGACAGAAGGGCACAUCGGAGCAACGAUUGCCAAGGGACAGAGCAUCUCUGGGGUUUCACGGUAGAGCAGCAGCAGCAGUGGCGUCUUCGCCCAGCAAUAGUUGCCCCGAUUCCACAGACACUGAGAGCAGCCACGAGGAGAGAGGCCGACGUCUGUUCCACGGCCGAGCUAAUUGCAGCGCAGGUCAGCCAAGAACCGGAAACUCCAGUGCCACGCAAGAUGCAGCAAGUACACCAGCGAGGGAAGAUGUGCCCCAGCUACAAGAAGGGGGAGGACAGCCAAGGCCACCUGCCUCGGAAGGCGGGUUGGCCUAUCGAGUAAUGGGGCCCGAUGGGGAAUACAUGAGGGCAUACAAUUGUGUGCACUGUCAGGUGAUUUUUCUUGACCACGUGAUGUACACUCUACACAUGGGCUGCCAUGGCUUCCGCGACCCUUUCGAGUGUAACGUGUGCGGCCACCGCAGUCGAGAUCGAUACGAGUUUUCUUCACACAUUAUCCGUGGAGAACAUAUUCGUACGAUUGAGUAAGCAAGAAUGGGAAAUUGCACUAAUAUGACAAAGUGUGCACCAAGGAAAGGGUCUUGGGAUUGCUCAAAGAGCAUGGUGAACCUGUUUACGCAGGGAAUGAAGAAGUUAUUGCUUUCACCCUCAUGACAUUUAUUAAAAUGCAAAUUUUGGAUAGCUGCUUUGUUUGGAAAGACAUCUUAAGCACUUUGAAGCAGUUUCUAAUGGAUUGGAACUGAGUUAAUGUUUUUGUAAGACUGAACUGAUUUAUGUGAACGUAUAUGGAUUGUAUUGAAAACAAUGGUUUAGUUGAUAUAAUGAUCAAGUUUAAGAGUUUCAUGAAGCUUCUAUAGAAGAUGUACUUUUAUGUUGCAAAUAUAGCCUAGUUUUUUAAGUGGUUAUUAAGUAAAAGAAAAAAAUACCACAGUAAAAUCUAAAUAUCCCAUUGUAUUUGUUACCAUUUUAAUAAUGAAACAUAGUAAACUAUGUAGCUUAAAAUGAGCCAAAUUAUGUGUUGUAUACAAAAAUACUUUUAAAUCCGAAGAAUGAAGUGUUUAUUGUUAUGCACAUCUUUGUGCACAAACCUUGGGAGCACAUUUUAAAAACUUUCAUCGAAAUUGUAUUCCUUGAUAUACUGAGGGCAAAAUGUACUUCUACUAAACAUUUCGCCACUGUUUGGUUUCUAAAUAUUUCAGCAAUGACGUGGGGCUCCAUUUCUGCUUGUAAUCAUGUGCACAUUUUGUAUUCAAAUACUGUACUUUGAACCAUUAUUUUUCUGGUUGCUCUGACAAUGCUAAACUGUUACGUUUAGCCACUGCAUAAAUGGUUUUGGUUUGCCACUAAAAUAUAAUACAGUACAUCCUGCUAAGAGUGAUCUAAAGCAUGGUGACUGUAAAAAAAAAAUCUUUAUUUUGAUUGUGAAAAUGGGGAUCAAACAUGCCAGUCAUAAACUACCAAAAUAUUGUGAUUGGAACUGUUGUAGUUGCUGACUGGCAACAGUUGGUGCUAUGACAUGAAUUAUUGACAUUUCUAUAAUGCCUUUGCUAACCUCUGCUGGCCUUUAAAUAUUGAGUAGUACCUUUCAGUGAAAUGGCUGCUUAGUAAUAUCGCUAGCUUGCAUUUUUACUUGCAUGUCAACUAUUUCUGGGCUGUAAGACAGUGCUAUUGAAAAUUAAUGGUAAUAAAACUACAAAAAUGCACUUUUUAGGUUCAGUAACUAAGUGUUUAUGUUUAUUAGUUGGCUAGUGAUAGCUGGCGCUUUGAAUGUUAAAUAGUUAUUUUUUCAGUUAUGUAACAAAAAAUGGAUGUAUCUACACACCUAUUUGGGAGUUAUAUUCUGGCAUAACAUUUGCAGCAAUUAUGGUGGGGGGUACUUUAGACUCGUUUUGUUGACCAAAAGUACUGUGUGAUUUAAAGGCACUUUAUGAUGUUUUGAACGUUUGAUGCAUUCUUAUGGAACAUUUCCCCCUUUAAAAUAUUGAAAUCAAUACCGAAUGAAGGCUAUAUAUGUAUGUUGUAUACUGUAUUUCAAACUAUAUUGUGCUGAGAUUUUUGACUGUGGGCCUGAACGUUUUUACAGUUGUAUUUUAAGUGAUGUAUUUAGUGAAGCUGAACGAAUGAUGGGUUGUAUACGAUUGAUUUCUACAAUUCAAAGAGGCUGUGUAGCUUUAGACGCGUUGACUUAAGGCGUUUUGACGGUCUUUGCUCUCCCGCCAAACAUCCUACUCCAGUUCUUGCUGCUGUCGCUUGUUUUUAUUAUUGCAGAUUUUGGUUAUUUAUAGGAAACAUAUUUUUUCAAAAAAGGCUGAAAGUGUGGUCGACUAAUUACGCUAAUAAAUCGUUGAAAAACAUGUGAAAAUGCCCGAAAUAAAAACGUUUAUUGGCAA